UUAUUCUGCCCUCAUCGGGAAACUGGACCGAGCACUCGGCUGGCUGGGGGACUUCGUACUGUUUCCAUCUUCGAAGUGUAUUUGGUGUAGGGAGACAUCAAGGUCCAGCGGGGUUGGCCUUUCUAUGAGGCUCGAGUCAUAUCAAAGCACCAAUGGCUGACAAUGUGGAAAAUGUAGUUAAUAAUGUGCAGUCAAAUGAAGGGGCAGAGACCAACCGGCACACAAAUACCGGGAGGCCCACUGGUCCGGCCCGGGGCGAGGUCGAGCUCAACGGGCAGCCCCCGUCUGCUCGGGCACCCCAGGUGGUCACCGACAGUGAGGAAGAUGAGGAUGAGGAGCUGACUCUUAAGUAUGGGGCCAAGCACGUCAUUAUGCUCUUCGUCCCCGUUACGCUGUGCAUGGUGGUGGUCGUGGCAACUAUCAAGUCGGUCAGCUUCUACACACAGAAGGAUGGCCAGCAACUCAUCUACACGCCCUUCCGAGAGGACACGGACACUGUAGGGCAGCGGGCUAUCAACUCCAUCCUCAAUGCCACCAUCAUGAUCAGUGUUAUAGUGGUGAUGACGCUCGUCCUCGUACUGCUCUACAAGUACCGCUGCUACAAGGUGAUCCAUGCCUGGUUGUUCCUCUCCUCCCUGCUCCUGCUCUUCUUCUUCUCCUUCAUCUACCUCGGGGAGGUGUUCAAGACGUACAACGUGGCCAUGGACUACUUCACGCUGGCGGUGAUCGUCUGGAACUUUGGCGUGGUGGGAAUGAUCUGCAUCCACUGGAAGGGCCCGCUGCGUCUGCAGCAGGCCUACCUGAUCAUGAUCAGCGCCCUCAUGGCCCUGGUGUUCAUCAAGUAUCUGCCUGAGUGGACCGCCUGGCUCAUCCUGGCCGUCAUCUCCGUCUAUGACCUACUGGCUGUGUUGUGCCCUAAAGGCCCCCUUCGCAUUCUAGUGGAAAUGGCUCAAGAGAGAAAUGAGCCCAUGUUUCCAGGCCUUAUCUACUCUUCGACUAUGGUGUGGCUGGUUGGCAUGGCAGACACCAUGGAGACCAGAAAUAACUCUGCCCAGGCUGCCCCUCUCCAGGAGAGCCAAGUUGCUGCAGCACCCACGGCACAGGUGGAGGAUGAUGCCGGUUUCACAUCUGAUUGGGUGGGCCAGCAGCAGCAGCAGCUGGGCACGCUGCACUCCACCGAGGAGAGCCGGCGUGAGAUCCAGCAGAUGCCGUCCACACGUCCGCUGCCACCUGCGGAUGACGACGAGGAGAGGGGCGUAAAGCUAGGUCUUGGAGACUUUAUCUUCUACAGUAUGCUGGUAGGAAAGGCAUCAGCCACAGCCAGUGGUGACUGGAACACCACGUUGGCCUGCUUUGUGGCCAUUCUCAUUGGCUUGUGUCUAACUCUCCUGCUCUUGGCCAUCUUUAAGAAGGCCCUCCCCGCUCUCCCCAUCUCGAUUACUUUUGGCCUGGUCUUCUACUUUGCCACAGAUAACCUGGUGCGCCCGUUUAUGGACCAGCUAGCUCUGCAUCAGUUCUACAUAUAGCGAAAGGCAGAGGCCUCUGGCCCACACUCAGAGUCCCUGAGCAUCAGGGGGAACAGAGGGGGUGGGGGGAGCAGUGCCCUGCCCUGCCCCGCCCUGCCUCCACUAUCAUGGAUGCGUAGGUCUCAAGCUAUUCAUUCCUAAGCUGCAAAUAUGAUUUUCAUUUCUCAUCAAAAGGCCUGUGGGAUCAGAGUGCCUCUCUGAUGGUCCAGCAGAUUGACACUGGUAUUUUGAUCAUGUAGCAAUUGUUUGAGGUGAAAACAGUGAAAAGUGGAGAAUCUGAAAAAACCCUACAGAGGAUCAAUCACCAAAAAGUCAUAUUUACUGUAUUAAAGUCCUUUAACUCAUGUGAAUUAAAUGUUUUGUAAUAACUGGAUGAGGAAGAGCUGCAUUACCUUUUUCUUAGUAUACUUAUUUUUAUUCAUAAUGCCCAGCAUUAAAUGCUAACUCUGGCUUUGUGUUUUAGAGCCUGAUACAGAAUCUAGCUAUCGUGAACAUUCAUAAUUAAAAAUACCUUGCAUUAAAGGAAAAUUCAAGAAGCACUACUUUUUAUUUUGGAAAUAUGCCUCUAAACUGAGAUAUAGUGCAACACUCACCCCCAUAACCUUCAUAACACAUACAAUAAGACAGCAAAGUAGCUUUUAUAUACACUCUAAUAUACAGCUAAUGCAGUAUUUUCCAACAUUUGCACUGUCAUUUCCACCUAAUGGUAGGACUUGAUAAGGAACAGAACACACAUAAUCUUAUAUCUUGCUUGAGACUAUAUUACAGCUCUACUUUUUUUUUCGUGGUUAGUUAUGUUACACAUAUUUAAAUAAUUUUUCCUGUGUUAUGUAGAUCACUGGAUUAGACAGUGAACCUACAGGUCUGAUAUUUUUCAACAAUCUAAUUCAUGCCUCCUCCCUCUCAGGGGUAGGAACACUAGGAACAACCUAGUUCAGCCUGAAUGCUUGCUAAUAACCUCAUAUUUUCAAGCUAUUAGUCUGAAUCCAUUAUUCAUUCAUAAGUCUGAAUUCAUUCAUAAGUCAUGCAACCUGAGUGGUUUGUAUCUUAAUUUUUUUAAGCGUACAAAAUUUUCCUUUAAUUCAUGUGUAAUUGCCUUUCACAAAAUGGUUGGUACUAAACAAGGUUUUUCAUUGUUUUGUUUGUUCUCUAUUAUCCUAAUUUUUUCUAUAGUGUGCCAAGAAAUAUGGUUUGGAGUGUAAUGUAGAACAAUUGUAUAGUCCAACCAUAGUUUAUAUGGUAAGGCACCACCUACUGACUUAAUUCAUUUUAUUACUGCGUUAAAUUAAAAGAAAGUUGCAUCCAGACUACUAUUUUGUCCUCAAAGAAAGUCUGGGGUGUCAUUUUAGAAUGUAUCAUACAGCCUGUACUAUCCUCCAGAUUUUAACAAUGUUCACCAAAGUUUGUUGGGCAGAGUUUGUGUUUUAUGUUUUUUUUUUUCUUGUUUUGCUUUCUUGGUCUUUUUCCUUUGUAGGUAAUACCUCCUGAUGUUUGUUAAUUUCAAUGUCCUCUUUUUUUUUCUACGAAAAAGCAGAACCAAAUCUUGUUUUUGUAAUUGGUUUGUAACCAACGUGAGAUAUUCUCAAAUAAAGGGGAGCUCAUUUGAGCAAAUUUCUC